AUGUCAACCCAACUCGUACCCACGCCUGUUUCCACAAACUACCAACAAUCCAACUACGGGGCACCGUGCUCUGGCAUGUACACGCGAGACGACCACAAUGGAUUUCAUACAGGAUGGACUGCUAUUGCGCAAACUAGCAACUUUCUAUCAGUCUCUUUGCCCAUGCCCAUGCCCAUGUCCAUUCCCGUCAGCCUCACUCCAUUGUCCGGACAUCAGCCUGGCUCUUCUACCCUGGUUAAACUCCUGUACGGUAUCGCUCUGGAAGCUGGGUGGGAGGAAGAGAAGUCCCGUGGAGUACCUAUCAUCGAGGCCAGAGACCUCCACAGACACCGUCCAUGCAAGGAAAUGCAACACUUUGCAUACGAGUUCCUCCUUAAAAAACUGUACGAGGAGUUGAAGUGGCCCAAGAGCCGAGAAGCAGCGUUUGUGAUAUCAUGCUGUGAAUGGGCAGCUUAUGACCGCUGCCAUCCACCACCUCCAUAUUUUAUCCAAAAAGCAAUCCAGAAGCUCAUGUUUCGGGAGUGGCCAUGGUGGUACUUCGACGCGACAGGAGCGGGUGUGGUCGUUCGGGAAAGCGAAAGGAGCACUAUGACAGGGCUCAUAAAUCUUUGGAAGAGUCAGCGUGCCAGGCACGAGAAAAAAAAGCUCGAAACCUUCAAGUCCGCAACGAGUUGUUACUUCUCGUUGUGA